AUGGCUGGUACAGAUCAGUACGUCCCGCCCGAGAAAGCUUAUCCCGUUGAAGUUCUGGCGGACCACAACGACAUCGAUGAUCCCUGUCUUCACGACAAUUAUUACGAUGCUGCUCAAGGUAGCCAAGAGAAUCCGUUCUACAUCGAGCCCCUAGGCCAGAACGUCGUGCUUCCCCAGCAAGCCAACAACGCCUUCGAGGGACCGUUCUCUCAGCAGGGCCAGAAUGACGCCAUUCAAGCCGAGCACUAUCCUCCCAUCGACCCCGAGCUCGAGAACCAGGCCAUCAUUGCCGCUCAGGCGGCCGGACACCCUCUCAGCGAGCCUCACACUGCUCUCGCGGGCGAUUCCGUGCAUCCGAACUUUAGCGACCCUCUUCCCGAUUACAUCUAUGACUUUCAGGCUAGCGCUAUGAACAUGCAGCCAGGUCACGCCGGCCAGAUCGACAACUUGCUCCAGGAUGGCUUCAACCUCCCGUACCCUGACUUGGGCCCGGUCCCUGCACCUCCCGCCGGCUUUGGCGAUCCCGCGAUGUUCGUUCAAGAGCACGAGCAAUGGCAGCAUUACAACAACCAGGGAUACGAGCGGUAUGGGCGGCAAAUGGUCGACAUGCAGGCGCAGGAGAUGCCUUUCCAGCACGUGCAACUCCAGUACCACCAAGAUCAGCACAAUGAGGACCAAGAGCAUCAGGAGAUGCCUAACCAGCCGUACUCGCAGAACGAUGGAUAUCAUAUUCAUGGACAGGGCCAUCACGACCAAGAUCUUCCCCAGCAGCAUGAUCACCACGUCUACCAGAACCUCGCGUUCAAUCAGCGGCAGCAGGAGCAGCACAAUCAUGAUCAUAGCGGAGGUGCCCAGAUCCAGCAAGACGACGCCCAGAACGCCGCCGCCGCUCCCAACCCGCUCGCACAGAACAAUAACCCUCAACCCGCCGCCAACGCCCAAGCGCCUCGGGGCAGACGUGGAAGACGGUCGCAUACCAGAACCAUCCCGGGUUCCCAGUUCAACGACGGAACGCCCGACCCCAACCCCGACUACUAUGGCCUGGAAAAGGUCUCUCCGAGACCCCCUUGCCGGGAGCUCCCGAGAAUGGUGAAUGGCGUCCAGAAGGUCGUAAUCAAGUGUAAUCGAUGCGAUAAAAUUCUUUCCCGCAAAGAUGAGAUGCGGUGGCAUCUCCGCCGCGACCAUUAUGGAAAAGAAUGCCGCGAAGAGGGGUUCCAUAUCGAGAAGGGCCGCCAGCAGGCCCUUCUCGAUUGCCCCAAGUAA